AUGGAAGAUUGUUUCAAAUGUCCUGAAAAUCAGUAUCCAAGCAAGGAGCAAGACAGAUGCCUGAACAAAACAAUGGGUUUCCUUUCCUUUGAAGAAACUUUAGGGAUUUCUUUGGCAUCAGCUGCUGUUGCUUUUUCUGUGAUAACAGCCUUGAUUCUCGGAACUUUUAUGAAAUACAAAGAUACACCAAUAGUUAAAGCCAACAAUCGGGACCUCACCUACAUUCUGCUCAUGGCACUUCUGCUUUGCUUUCUUUCUUCCUUGUUAUUUCUUGGUCAACCAGUGAAAGUCACCUGUUUUCUUCGGCAACCAACUUUUGUCAUUGUCUUUUCAGUGGCUGUUUCUUGUAUUUUGGCCAAAACGCUCACUGUGGUUAUGGCUUUCAUGGCCACCAAGCCAGACUCCAAGAUGAGGAAAUGGGCAGGAAAAAGAUUGGCCCUUUUUAUUGUCCUUUCCUGCUCUCUUUUCCAAGCCAACAUCUGUAUUGCAUGGUUGGCAAAGUUUCCUCCAUUCCCUGAGUUAGACAUCCAUUCCCUUAUGGAAACCAUGAUUUUGCAAUGCAAUGAAGGUUUCAUUGUCAUGUUUUAUUGUGUCCUGGGCUACCUGGGCUUCUUGGCUACUGCCAGCUUUGUUGUGGCAUUCCUUACCCGUAAUUUACCUGACAGCUUUAAUGAAGCCAAAUUUAUUACUUUCAGUAUGUUGGCUUUUUGCAGUGUGUGGGUGUCAUUUGUGGCAACCUACCAGAGCACUAGAGGGAAAGCCAUGGUAGCUGUAGAGAUCUUCUCCAUCUUGUCCUCCAGUGCUGCCUUAUUGGGAUGUAUCUUCUUCCCAAAAUGUUUCAUCAUUUUGCUGAGGCCAGAACUGAACAACAGAGAACAAUUAAUUAAUAAAAAGAAAUCAAAUCAUGUAAAUAUCAUUUACCAAUAA